GUUCAGCCCAGAACAGAUGAUGAAGAAGGUUGGAAAAAAUUCUGCUUAGGUGAAAAGCUGUAUCUAGAGCUAACAGAUCAAAUCUUAAGUGAUGAAAAUCCAGGAAUUGAUUAUGUACAGAUUGGCUUUCCUCCAUUGCUGAGUAUUGUUAGCAGAAUGAAUCAGGCAACAGUGACCAGUGUUUUGGAAUACUUGAAAAACUGGCUUGUGGAAAAAGAAUUUACUCCAGAACUGGGCAGAUGGCUUUAUGCUUUGUUAGCUUGUCUAGAGAAACCAUUGUUACCAGAGGCUCACUCUCUAAUUCGACAACUGGCUAGACAGUGCUCUGAAGUGAGGGUACUGGAGGAGAACAAGAAUGAUGAAAAAGUGUCUGCUCUAAACUUGUUAAUUUGUUUGGUUGGAAGGUAUUUUGACCAAUAUGACCUGGCUGAUGAGGCAUCCUGAUAAACAUCUGGAAACUAUACAUGUACGAGUUGUUAAUCUUUCUCAGGCAGGCAGGCAGUACUUUCAUGACUGAACUAUGAAAAAUGGAUACACCACACGUUCCAAUGUGACCUUAGUGAAUAUGGUGUCUUGUAUACUUGGGGAUUUAUUUAU